GCUAUAAAUACGGGAGCGCGCACGGCACAGUUCCACAUUCUCCCAAACAUCAAAGGACAGAAGAAGAAGAAGCCACAGAGCAGGACCCGUGGGAACCAGCCGGAUUCUUCUUCUCUUUAUUAAUAAUAACCAGUUCUUUUGAAUCUGCUCUCCAGCUUUUUGAUAUAUUUUUUUUGCAAUAUUUGCUAUAUUGAGUCUCCAGCUCACUAUGUGGUCCACGGGUGGAUUAUGUUUGCGGCACGUCGUGGUGGCGGCGCUGGUCUCCGCCGUGCUGGGGUCUCCGGUGCUGGGGGUCCCGGUGCUGGGCUCCCCGGUGCUGGGGGUCCCGGUGCUGGGCUCCCCGGUGCUGGGGGUCCCGGAGCCCAUCCGCUGCGCCCCCUGCUCCCCGGAGCGGAUGCGCCAGUGCCCGGCCGUGGCGCCCGGCUGCAGCGAGGUGCUGCGGGAGCCCGGCUGCGGCUGCUGCCUCGCCUGCGCGCUGCAGCCUGCGCAGCUGUGCGGGAUCUACACGGCUCCCUGCGGGUCCGGCCUGAGGUGCACCCCCCGACCCGGAGACCCCCGGCCGCUGCACUCCCUCACCCGGGGCCAGGCCGUGUGCACGGAGACCCCCGAGCCCGCCACGACCCCCGAGCCCCAGACCCAAGAACCAGAGCUGGAGAUGGAGAACACAGCCAUGAUCUCGGACCCGGGCUCCAGCCUCUUCCUCCCCGGACACACGAAGCCCUUCGACCCGCGGGCUGCAGCCGACGCGCAGGAGAGCAUGAAAGCCAAACUGGUGGCGAUCCGCAGGAAGCUGGUGGAGCAGGGGCCCUGUCACCUGGAGCUGCAGAGAGCCCUGGACAAGAUCGCCAAGUCCCAGCAGAAGCUCGGGGACAAGCUGACCAGGUUCUACCUCCCGAACUGUGACAAGCACGGCCUCUACAAACCCAAACAGUGUGAGUCCUCCCUGGACGGACAGAGAGGUCGGUGCUGGUGCGUGAACUCCUGGAACGGAAAGAAGCUUUUAGGGUCGAGUGACGUGUCCACGGACGCAGAGUGUCCCUGAGCGGGGGGGGGGGCGACCACUGAUCACAAGAGAAGAAGAAGAAGAGAAGAAGAAGAGAAGAAGAAGAAGAGAAGAAGAAGAAGAAGCCACUGAUUAUUUCCCUUUUUUGAUAUUUGUUUAUUUAUUGAUCUUGUCCAUGGUGGUGUUAAAUUCAGGUACACUGUCAUUGGGGGGGGUUGUGCGUCCCCCCUCCCCCCCUCUCCACCCUCCACCCCCCAACCCCCAACCCCCAACCCCCCCUCUCCCUCAAACACCCGUCCCAAAGAGAAAAAGAAAAAAUCUAUUUUUGUUUUUCUGAAAAAACGAGAUUUUUUAAAUAUUUACUUUUGACUCUUCGGCCUUAUUUAUUUCAGCGUUACUACAUUGUAUUUGUUAUUUGUAAUUAUUUCAUGAGUAUUUAUAUAAUUGUUUUUUGUUAUUAUAUUAUUAUUAUUAUUAUUAUUAUUUGUGUGAGUGUAUAUAAAUAUGUAUCUUGGCCCUGAGUAGCUCCACUGCUGAGGAGUUUUCUGGAGUUUUGGUUUGAAACGAACCGAGAAACAAAAGCACUGAGCGACCAAAUCUCAUUUAGAAGUUGUUUCUAAAUGUAUUUCUAUUUGUUUUGUCGCAUUGUUGCCAUUUUUUAUGUAUUUUUUCUCGUUCUUAUUUUAUUUCCCGCUGUCACAUGAUCAGCUCACACGUUGUCAUGGUUACUCGGGGCUGCAGGUAGCCACGCCUCUCUCACGGGUAUUUCUUACAUUUACCUACCUCCGAUAUUUAUGUGUCUUCUGCUGUCACUUGUGUUGACGUGUGUGCGUCGAGAAGAGACGUGUCGUUUUAAAACUUUAUGCGUUUGUGUUGUUCUCUCUGACCAAGAACACACGUGACCACAAAGAGCGCCGCCCCCCCCUCCCCCCGCUCUGUCUACAUGCUGCUGUUGGGGAGAGAGAGUUGUUGUUGAUGUGAGUCGACUCCAAAGUGACUCACUGCUCACUCGUGUGUAUGUACACUUUUUGUAAUUGAGAUGUAAUGUAUAAGAGAAAAAAAAGGUGAUAUAUUUAAUAAAAACAUUAACCUCA